AUGGGUGACUAUAAGCCAGAUUCAGCUGCCCCACUAUCAUGCCCAACCUUGGUGAAGCAUGCGCGAAAUGACGCAACAGAUGGAAAUGGUUCUGUGCUGUACCAUCAGCUCCGUCAAAAGCCUCUGAAUAUCGUUGGAGGAAAAGGAAGCUAUUUGUUGACUGAUGAUGGACUCAGGAUUCUUGAUGCUACCUGUGGAGCAGCUGUCUCCUGUCUUGGACACAGUGACAAGCGCGUGCAUGAAGCCAUCCUGGAGCAGCUGCAGAAAGUUCCUUACUGCUAUUCCCUUUAUUUCACCAAUAGUGCUGCCGAGAAUCUUUCCAAGAUAUUAGUUGAUUCUACUUGCGGCAAAAUGUCUCGGGCUUUCAUUGUCAGCUCAGGAACCGAAGCAGUUGAGGCUUCUCUCAAAAUGGCAGUGCAAUAUUUCAUGGAACUGCCUAAUCCCCAGCCUCAAAGAGUUAAUUUUAUCGCUCGAAAGCAGUCCUAUCACGGUAACACCCUUGGGUCACUGUCAGUCGGCCACCAUGUUGGUCGUCGAGCCCUUUAUGAGAAAGUGCUGGCAAAGAAUGUCCAUCAUGUUUCACAAUGUUAUCCUUAUCGAGAAAUGAGAACCGGCGAAGCCAUGGAAGAUUAUAUUCAAAGACUUUCUCAAGAACUUGAUGACGAGUUCCAGCGGCUAGGUCCAGAUACUGUCUGCGCAUUUGUAACGGAGACGAUGUCGGGGACGACUCUUGGGUGUGUUCCCCCGCUUCCUGGAUACCUGAAAGCAAUGAAAGAUGUUUGUCAGCGCUAUGGGGCCCUAUUCAUUUUGGAUGAGGUCAUCUGUGGCAUGGGUCGUUCAGGAACACUUCACGCUUGGGAGCAGGAGGACGUCGUUCCUGACCUGCAAACCAUCGCCAAAGGUCUUGGAGCAGGAUAUGCUCCAAUAGCAGCGCUUCUCGUCAAUCGGCAUGUUAUAGAUACUUUAACAAAAGGCAGUGGAGCAUUCUCUCAUAGCCAAACAUAUCAAGGGCAUCCUGUUUCCUGUGCUGCCGCUUACAGGGUACAGAAGAUUAUACAAGAAGAUAAUCUUUUAGCCAAUGUUCGUGAGAUGGGUCAGUAUCUGGGUCAGUUGCUUCACCAAAAGUUUGAUGGCAAUGACCACGUUGGUGAUAUAAGGGGCAGAGGGUUGUUUUGGGCUAUUGAGUUUGUCCAAGAUAAAGAAAGCAAAAAUCCUUACCCUCCAUCUAAGGGUAUUGCUUGGGCUAUUCAUGAAACAGGCCUUAAGCCGGAGUAUUCAAUCUCAUUGAUGCCAGGCAAUGGUGGAGUCGAUGGUGUCAAUGGAGAUCACAUUUGCUUUGCUCCCCCUUACAACACGACGCGAGCUGAGAUUGAAACUAUUGUGGAUCGCGCAGUUCAAGUCGUUCGGGCAGUCCUGGGAUGA